AUGUCUAUUGAUACUAUUUUUAUACUGUCUCAAAAUGGGUAUACAUCGUUUAUUUAUAUAGUGAAAUUUUAGCUCAUAGAAUAUUUAAGGGUAUUAAACGCAAAGAAACAUUACCUGAAUUUUAUACUUAAUUUGUGUAGUUCUUCAGAGGUACAAAUGCUGUAAUUUUGUGAUGUUGAAUAUUGUUUAGGAUAAGGAAUAUCCAAUUAUUAGAAUCAAGGAUGCCCUUUACCCAUUUGUCACAUUCUCAGAUAUCAUCAUAGGAGCCAUUGUAACAGAAGAGAUUCCUGUAUUACAAUUAUUUGCAAUAUUAUUUCUAAUUCUGGAUGUUCUCAAGUCCUCUUUUCCAAAUGAAUCUUCUGAGAAACUCAAGUAGAAUUUACAUGCAAUCGGCAUCAUGCUUGAUUCCGUAUUUGAUUAUGGAUAUCCAUAAAUUACAUAAAAGCACGUGCUUGAAAGCAUAAUUAAACCAGGGGGCUUAAUUGAAAAAAUAGAAGAAAAAAUAAUAGGUAGAAAGAAUGUACAAAAAGAAACUGUUUCUGUAUUAGAAAAAUAUAUAGAUUGUUAAGCAGAUGUAAGAGAACAUUGUUAAUAUCGAAUCCCUGAAAUCAAGGGCAAUGAAUCAGUUUAUUUUGAUGUUAUUGAAUUCUUAGAUUGUGUAUUCGAUAAGAAUGGAAGAAUUUUGAUUGAAGAAAUUAAUGGAGAAAUUAAAGUUGAUUGUAAUCUAUCAGGAAUUCCUGAAUUAUUUGUAUUCCUCAAUCAAACCAACCAAUUUAAUGAUUACACAGUUCAUGAAUGUUUGCUUUAAAAAAUUGAUACCUUUGAAAGGGAAAGAGUUUUAGCAUUUGUUCCACCUUCAGGAACUACAACAAUCUUUUAUUAUAAUAUCAAAGGAAUUUCAAUUAGAACACCCUUUGAUUUCAUUCCAAAACUUUAAUUCCUAAAAAAUUAAGUUAAAAUAGAGAUCCUUCUUAAAAAUAGACCAGUUAGAGGUUAAUAAUAUGUAGUAGAUGAAUUUCAUGCCAAAUUAACAGUACCUAAUGGUCUGACUUUAGGAGAAACAGAAAUGGCCCAAGGGACAAUUUAACAAUUAGAAAAUGUAGAUAUCCUAUUCAAUCAUUUAGGCAAUCCUGUGGAGAAUUGGAAAAUUGGAAAUUGAUUCAUCCAUUAGAUUGGCUGUCACCUUUACAGCAACAGAAGAAUAAUUCAAUGUCAUAUAAUAAGGAAAUUUCUUGGUCCAAUUAAAAUUUGUUGUCAAUACAUUUAGUCCAUCAUAAACUAAAAUUGAUAAAGUUGAAGUUAGAAAUGGAGCUAAAGUCAUGACUAAAAAAGCUAGGAAUAUUGCAAAAAGUGGUUAUUAUGAAAUUAGAUUAAAUUGA